AAGAACAGGAAUUGCCCUCUCUUUGUUUGGUGUGUGUGAAGUGCACUUUUCCCUAAUCCCAGCCGUGCUGGAGCCAUGGCCACUGCAAGACCCGCUCUUUCAGCAUGCUCGGGGUACAAAAAAAAUCGCAACCCAGGAGUUUUUUAGUCUUAAUAAACUUAAGCAAUCUGAUAGAAUUGGAUAGAAUCUACCCCGAUAGGGCAUCGCAGUACCUAAUCACAUUUGCUGGUAGAUAACCUUUUUUGGAGAAGACAGACAGUUUCAAUCUCUCUGCAAAAAGCCUAGUUGUACAAGAGAAAUCGAAUUCAGCAACUAACUUUCAGGCGAAAAAACCUUAGGAAGAAGAAGCCAGCGUUACAUUAUGAAGUAGAUUACAUUGUCUGACACGCGGCUUGCUCAACAAUACCUAGUGGCCACAUCAUUUUACAAGCUAUCAUUUUCAUCGGCGUGGUAGUUUUGUUCUCUACUUCUCCGUCGACUUGCACUUAGCCGCAACAUAAAAAUGUCCGCCAGUACGACCGCGCAUCAUCCGUAUUACGGGUUGUUGGUCUCCAAUGCUGCUUUCGAUGCAAACACUGUGCCCGACGACGCUAGCGGGUCGCUCGUUUUCGCAUUCUUUCCGAAAAGUGCAUGGUUUGCGUCUUACGCAAAGGAAUACUCGAGUAAACAUGAAAUCCUCUUGACAACGGAGAAGACAACUAGCACGAAUGCUUCUUCGGCGCCGGCGGACUUUUUUGCAUUGUUGCCAAAAGUACUCCUUAGAAUACUACAUACCCAGUAAUAGUUGGAGGUCCGUCAGUACUUAGCAGCUUUGAAUUAUAGUUCUGAUCGACUUCGUUCCUUCUCAAGAGUUUUUUUUUCCGCAGUCAGCAAAGAAGUAAUUCCAGAAUUGUUCCUGUGUUAACUUUUUAAGAGCAAUUGAGCUACUUCAUCUCAGUCUACUUAUAACUUACUUUCUUGGUUCGUUGUUGUACAGGCUCAUCCUGCGCUGUACAGUGAAUUCGCGUGGCGUAGUUUGAGUGCGCUGCCUGCAGUUCGUCCUGGUUUCGAUUUCGCUGUGCUACCUGACUGGCCAGCUGUGCGCGAAUAUGUGGACGCGUUUCACAGCUCCCUGUCGAAGAGCUCUUCUGUCAUGUUUGUGGACCUUCCACUGCCGUCAUCUACUGCUCCGUCGAGAGGGACGCCCUUUUUCGAAAAGGCUUGGGCACACGUGGUCGCGCAAAUCGAUUCGCAUUUGAUGACGAACGCGGCAAGUAGUGAGUCUUCCGCCAUUUACCACUUGUACCCGAUGUUUUGCGAGGACGCACUGGGAGAACUGUGGGACCCUCGUGUGACCACUUUUAGCGAUGGAGUAUCGAAACGAAUCGGCUCGAUGAUUGGCGAUCGCGAAAACUUGGAUGGUAAAGGCCGCGUGCGACCGGUUUGUUGUGCAGAGGCGAAGUCGUGGCUGCAGCCGCCUCUCGAGUUGGCGACUUGUGGUGGACCUCAAAAAAUCCCUCGGGUAGGUGUUGCAGCGUCAAUGUCUACCGCAACAACUACCGCGGGCUGUUUGUCGAUCAUCGAAUCCUCACAGGGAGAAGCCUUUCAGGAAGGAUGCGGCACGGAAAGCGAGUCACCCGAAAAUAACUCUAACCGCGGGUCUCCUGUGAUUUCUGCAGAGCGACUAACUCCGCUCUCGUCGCCUGCCUCCACGCUUCCUGCGAAUAUCGCCACAAGUGAGGCCGAGCAGUGUGCUCUGGGUGUAAAAAGCUUCUACUUCAUAUUCUUUUCAACUUGGUUUACAAUAAUAGCAUAUACAGAGUAGUUUAUAGCACGCAUGGCGCAUGGAGUAGCAUGGAGUGCAUGGAGCGCAGAGCUUUAAGGGGCGCAAGAAGCUCCCCGCCCUUUAGCUCCAUGCUACUCCAUGUGAUCCAUGCACUCCAUGCCAUGCGAGCUGUGAAACCUCAUAAAUUUCUCUGGCAUAAUCAUCUCUACUUUUUGAGGGUUCCCUCUUGCACGAAGAACCAGAUUAGAGGACGACCUUGCAACGUAAGGGAACCACAUAACCUCAGACUAUUUAUUCCGCCAUCGAAUUGAUAAAGAUGACAUGAUGGAGAGAUAGACAGUAGUAGUCUGAGUGACCACUGUUAAUUUUUCCCUUUGGAGGAGGAUCAAACAGAUAGGCUUCUAGAUUGGAUCAAUCAUCAUCAAUCAUCAUCAAUCAUCAUCAAUCAUCAUCAAUCCUCAUCAAUCAUCAUCAAUCAUCAUCAAUCAUCAUCACCACUUCACGCAGGUUGUUGCUCCUGAAGAGGAAGAGAAGCCUUUAACGGAGAAAGCUUUGCGGAAUCAUGAUAAAGGCUCGAAGCUGAUAGUGUCGGAAAAGCAACAACUUUCGAGCGCGAGUGUACUAGCAACAUCACCAAACUCUUGUUACCCCAGCGCUGUUUCGAGUGGUACCUGCAUCGGGAAUGCAAAUCCUCCGAACGGGUUUCGAUGCAGUGGUUACGCAGCAGUGCGUGAAGCUGUAAGAAUUCUCACGGAAGUGGAAAAGCGUGACGCCAUUCUGAAAUUGGCGAAGGGACGCGGUGGCGUCGGCAUCCUCCCGUAUGUGACUCUUGAAAAACUCGAGAAAGACAAAAUGAAGUUUGGCUUCCAUGACUUGGAAGACGAUAGGAGAGGUGAGACGCCAGUUUUGAAUAAAAACUGUCCUCAACUAAUUCCCUCAUUUGCAUGAAUUCCUUCUCUUCAUCGUCUCUCCGAGAUCGCCGUCACUUUGCGAAAAGACCAGACAGCUUCUCAAGCUUUAGAUGGCAUUGCCAUUCACAUGCGGGAAAACAUCUCUGAGAGAGUACUGAAAUGUCGGGAGUAAAUUUGGCGGCUCGACUAAACAUUAAGUGAUAAUGUAAACGACACUGAUAAUUCGCCACAAAAAGAGUCUAACUAUAAAAAUGAAGAAACUUGUGAAACAAACACAGUACAGAAAGACGGUGACGAAUUCAUUGUAAAUUUCAUAUGCAGGUGAACAGCUUUCGGGCGAAAUCGAAGAUGCAGCGUUGUACAUAGUAGAAGAGAUGUUGGCCGGUGUGACGAGCUCCCCAACGCUGUACAUGCUCGGUAACAUCGCGAUGCUGCCGCUAGCGGAGCAGGUGUUCGCGCCAAAUAGCAAGACUAUCAAUGUCGGCAACUACUUUCCCGCGCGCACGCGCAGCAUUCUGGAAGGAGAGCAAGCAAGCUGCGUUGCUCAGGCGGAGGACCUCCAGAGGUACUGGCACUUUCAAAACGUGUGGAAUCUCGACUACGUAACAACCACCUCCAACAGCACCAUUGGCGAAGGCUUUUCGAGGAACAGCCGGUCUUUCGUGGUUGACGUAAAUUGCGGCCGAGUGCCUGGAAAUCUUGCCGCUCGACUCUUCCUUGCCCGCAACUACGAAAAGUCAGCACAGCAGGGCUCUCUGACAACUCUUCUUCCAAGGGAAUACAGCCACGACGUAUGGAACAACUACCCGAUUUGCACACUCUCCAUGGGAGUAAAAACCCGCGCAGACAACAUGCACGCGCUGGCACUAGCGACCGCACUGCAAGACGCAGAUUUCCAAAUUCUUAACGACACAACUGACUGGGGAAAUGGCACAACAGCGAAAGACGGUCUUUUGCUGCUCUACUACGUACCGGGGGACUGGUAAUAAUCAUUUUAUAUAUAGAUUAGUUUUUGAAUUUUGUUUGACUGUCUCUUCCAGUUCGGGUUGUGAUCGUGCCUGAAUAAUACACGUUUCAAAAAGCGGAAGCUACGUUCUUCUCUUGGAAUUAACGGAGACUAGAUGUGGAUGCCACUUGUUGGGAGCAGCAUCAUGAUCACCGUCUUCCUUUCUUGUUUGUGAGCUGCAGUCCAACUAAAGCCACUUGUGUUUCGUAGCACUUGCUCCUUUACCUUCGCCAAAAGGUUAAAUGCAACGCUGGUCGUGGGCAAAAGUGCUGGCGCAGGAGGCUGGGACGAGGUAGACCAGAUGGAGAAGAAAUUUGUGGCCCUUCUUUCAUCCCUCGGCUUCGACGUUGACGCGGACGUCGAGAUUAUCACUGAAAUGUAAAAGCGAGCUACAGACUGCAGUGCGUGACUGUUUUGCUAUGCUGUUUGGCUGAUCUCAAGACUGCUUGGCUUAACCGCUACGACCACUGCUGCUAUGAGAAGACACUCUUAAACACAAGAUAAAAAGGACGAUUGGAUAUUUCGUUGUAGAAUACAGCCAGAACUUCCAUGUAAUAUUGCCUCAACAACAUGAUCUGCGCAUUGAAGUUGAGAGAUUGUCACCGAAAUUGUCGCGCACGAGAGAAUUGCUCCACUUCCAAUAUCAACAUUCUUGCAAAUCAUAUUCUAUACUACACAGGCUCGCUCACACUCGGCUCCUCCUGACACGAUCAUGCGUAGUGCGGUGGCACACGCAAUUGUAUAUGUUAAUAGUCGUUCUUAUGGUAUUAAGAAACUAGUUGAAGUGUUAUAUUUUUGUAUUAUGUCCUUGCUUUGCAGUAGCAAAAAGUAGAUGCUUUCCAAGUUCGAAGCGUCUUCUUAUUUGUGACUUCAGAGAAGUCAGGCUCAGGAUGUAGAGCACAUUGCAAUAUGACAUGGCUACAUGCUUAAGCGGAUUGAAGAUAGCGGUCAACCGAUCGCGCUUCCGUAGAAACCAAGUUAUAACUUUUUUUGCUGCGUUACCCUGCAUCAAGCGGGCUUUCGCUGUUCCGAAAGCACUUGAUCUGGUAUAGGCAACGGCAAAAAUUUAGUAUGCUACCUGGCCGUCUUGCUGCAGGCUUCCCGAUGAGGAAAGAGUUCGACAAUGUAGUCUAGGAACCGAAAAAAGCCGCAUUGGCCAUGAUGAGUGAGUGAAUACGUGCCGCGAUAUCCCAGCAACAAGUGUCAAGUCGUGUUCUCGAAGUGAAGUAAUGAAGAUGCACCAGACACAGAGACUCAAAGACGGUGUUCCGGACGCGUAGCUGAAAACAUUGAAACUUUAGUUGAGGCAUAGUUCUAGUUGUACUUUAUUACCGAUCCUGCGACCAUGGUGGUUAUCACUAACAAACAAACAGCGUGAUCCAAAAUCGGGGCAGGGAGAUGCUCCUCCCAGAUGCUUUUUUUGUGUGAAACCAAGGAUGCUUUUUUGUUUGAAAUGCUCUCAGACCUUGUCUCUAGCUACGGCCAUUAUGAACGAUGGCAACAGAGACUUCAGCGUGCGUCAAGAGUUACACGGUAACGCACUCAAGA